AUGUCGGAGUAUCUCCCGCCUCCGCCGCCGCUGUCGCCGUUUUCGGAAUGGUUUGAAUUCGGCGACACAGACCUGCAAAUUGACAAAUUGCAACUGGCACCGGACCAAAGUACCGCGACCGCGCCUUCCACAGCAGGCACAACCUCCGCCUCAGCCCCCACACAACCUCCGCCACCACCGCCAGCGCCUUUUAUCUCCGCCCGCGAGUCUUCCAUGAACGUGGGACCCCAACAUCUUCCUAGAGACAUGGGCAGACCUCCCCAGCCUACACAUAGUCAGUCUCAACCAUCACAUUCCCAGAUACACACACAGAUCCCUAAGCAUGCUCCCCCACCCAUUCCAACGUUAAAAAAGCCGCCACCGCCCAUCCGGCACUACUCGAGCCCUUCGAAUGGCUCCUCGGCGGCCAAUGCCAUCCCGGGAGCCAAUCACCCGCCCCCACAAGCCCAGAGCCAGCAUUCACAGGCCGCCCAGGCCGCCCAACAAGCUCAUGCGGCCCUUCAUGCGGCCCAGAGCGCAUCGGCACCCGUCUCGGCCGUCUCACCAGUGUCAAACACUCCAUUGGUCACGUCGUGGGACAAGACCAAGGUGGCCGAAUGGCUGCGAUCGCUUAAGUGUGCAGAGUACAUCCCCAUGUUUGAGCAGAACGAAAUCUGUGGUGAAGUGCUGCUGGAAAUCGACCAGAAGCUGCUCAAGGACAUGGGUGUGGUCAAAGUGGGUGACCGGGUAAGAAUCAAUGUGGCCAUCAAGGAUUUGCGAAGCCAACAUAGAAAAACCACUUUGCAGAAUCAGCAACCCACCCCACACCAGCGUUCACAGCACAGAACUGGAAAAACUCUGUCAUAUUUGGACGAGCAAUGCGUCUCCCCCUUUGCAAGCCAUGGUCUUGGCAUCUCGUCAUCGUCAGGAACCCCAGUCACCCCAGACAGAGCAUCUAGCGCUGGAUCAGACUUCUCCAGCCACCUUAGACCCCAAACAGCGCGGGCUCCUUCCUCCACCACAUCUACUGGCGACGUUAAGGGUAUCUUGUCCAUGGACCAGGUUCGACAGGGAACUGUCAAGUUCAUCUACACCAUGGGCCAGAGCAAGACAGUUAACAUUUCAGGCUGCUUCAAUGCCGAAUCAAUCAUUCGCACGGCACUCAAGAAGUUUGCCAUUAAGGAUUCGCCCAACAACUGGUGUAUCCAUGUUUCCGAUAAUGCAUUCGCCACAUCCACCCGGAUUGUGUCUGACAAUGAGCUGGUGACCAUCUGCCACUCUCCUUCACGUGCUGAGCGUCGUCGACUCAUGCUGUGUCUCAACGACAUGCCUCCCACUCAAAAGCAGUUUGCCAAGUCUCAAUCUGUGUUGCUGGAGUCUGUGGACACAAACACAAACUCGUCUUCGUCUUCCGGCAACUACUCAGCCAACCAGCCUACCAUUUCGCAACUCUCGGGCGACUACUUUUCGUCCGACCCCCAAAAAAUGGCCCCGCUGCCCCGAUCCAAUCUUCCCCACAAUUCUCGACGACUUCAGAGAUUCGGUCAUCGACCUCCUUCGGAGCUCAUUUCUUCCAACCUGGCAGAAUAUUUUCCUCAGGCAGGCUCCAAGGUGUUGGAGCAGACGAUCCGAAACUCGAUUCGGUUUUCCAACCGAAUGUCCCGCAUGAGUACCAGUACUGCGUCCAACUACCACUACAACCGAAUGAGUAUUGCGACCAUCUCGUCGUUCAUGAACAACGAGGGCGGGAUUGGCUCGGAAAACGACUCGGACAAUAUCCCUGCUGUUCCGGAGAUUCCUUCGGAUCUCUCGAUGCCCCAAACUCUUACUCGAGAGUCCAUGCAGCCCAGCCGAACACAGUCUUCGUCUCAGGUUGAGCGUGGAAGCUCUCUGCGAAAGAGUACAGCAUCCAUUCCUGCUACUCUCGAGACUCUGAGCCAGCAAGAAGAGGCUGCAUCAGCAGCAGCUUCAGCAACAGCUUCUCUCGUGGACCCUCCCCACAGCGCUACCCCUUCCGAGGAUGACAUGUCAGAUGAGCAGAUCAUUGCAAUGCAGUCUGAGGCUCCCAAGAACUGGAUCAAGGGUACGUUGAUUGGCCAGGGCUCGUUUGGAUGUGUUCAUCUUGGCAUGAACAGUCUUACUGGAGAGCUUAUGGCCGUCAAGCAGGUUUCUCUGGGCGACUUUUCCAAAACAUCGCAUAAGCAGGCCAUGGUUGACGCUCUUCAGCGUGAGAUGAAUUUGCUACGGGAUUUCCAGCAUGACAACAUUGUGCAGUAUCUUGGUUCGUCUUCUGACGAGGAGUAUCUCAACAUUUUCCUCGAGUACGUUCCUGGUGGUUCCGUGUCUUCUAUGCUGACCAAAUAUGGACAGUUUGAGGAACCUCUUGUCAAACAUUUUGUGCGCCAGAUUCUUAAGGGUCUCGAUUACUUGCAUUCUAGAAACAUCAUCCAUCGAGACAUCAAGGGCGCCAAUGUGCUGGUGGACAACAAGGGAAAUGUGAAGAUUUCCGAUUUCGGCAUUUCUAAGAAGAUCGAGGCUUCAUCGUCCAACCGGCAGUCUCUUCAGGGCUCUGUUUACUGGAUGGCCCCCGAGGUUGUCAAGCAGACGAGUUACACUCUCAAGGCCGACAUUUGGAGUUUAGGGUGUCUGAUUGUGGAAAUGUUGACCGGCUCGCAUCCGUUUCCUCAAUUCAGUCAGAUGCAGGCCAUUUUCAAGAUUGGUACCAGUGGUAGACCCGACAUUCCUGAAAACUGUUCUGAGGACACUAAGGACAUGCUUCGGCAGACCUUUGAGCAGGAUUACAACAAGCGUCCGUCGGCCGCGGAGUUGCUGGCCCACGAGUUUUUGAAUACGUGA